CCUUUGAUCGCCACUCCCCAAAUUGCGUUUUCCCCCCAUUUUCCUCCCAAAGUUCAAGAGCAAAACAAGCAAAUGGCCGCCGUCACCUCCGCCGCCGCCGCCACCGUGCGCUCUUCUCUGGUUCAGAACCGCCCCCUGCCGGCGGCUUCACCCUCCCCAUUCCUUCUUGGGUUGCCUGCUUUGGGAAAGAAAGGAGGAGUUAGGUGUUCUAUGGAAGGGAAGGCAAAUGGAGAUGUAGAAAACAAGUCGAGCACCUUAGGGAUGGGCGCGUCGUUGGUAGCUGCGGCUUACGCUGCGUCGAUGUCGAGUCCAGCCAUGGCUUUGGUGGAUGAGAGGCUGAGCACUGAAGGGACUGGUCUUCCAUUUGGUUUGAGCAACAAUCUUCUCGGUUGGAUUCUUCUUGGCGUGUUUGGCUUCAUAUGGGCAUUCUACAUUAUUUACACUUCUACUCUCGAAGAAGACGAAGAAUCGGGCUUAUCUCUUUAGGUCAUACUUGUCUGUCUUAUUAUUGUUGUUGUUGUAGAUCGUUGUGUGGAUAUUCGCCUCUGGCUUGAAUCGUAUAACCUUUUGAGUUCGUGUCGUUGAAGCUGAAGCAAAUUGGCUAAAAACUACUAUAUUUCAUACAUAUCUCGACAAAGAAUAAAUGUAUUUUAUCAUGGUAAAGUGAA